CUGGUAGGGGAGCUUCUUUAAGGGAGAAGGCUGCCCUAGGAAUUAACAUUCUUUCUCUCCUUAUUCCACUUGCGCAGGCUUUAAUUUAAAGCCACGGAAGCACAUGUACGGGCUGUCUGUCCUCUCCACGGCCAUGAAGAAGACGGGGAGGGGCGGAACCCCUCCUUGUUGCCGCUCCACCGAGUGGCCGCGUCCAUUCUGUGCCGGUGGUCGGAUUUAAGGAGUGGGGAAAAGUUAGCUUUAGGGAUCGCAGAGCGUGGUGACCCCCAUGGCCCCGCUCGGAGGCGUACCGGGGCUGGUGCUGCUGUUCAGCGGGAAGAGGAAAUCCGGGAAGGACUUCGUGACCGAGGCGCUUCAGAGCAGGCUAGGGGCUGACGUGUGUGCUGUCCUCCGGCUCUCCGGUCCACUCAAGGAGCAGUACGCUCAGGAGCACGGCUUGGACUUCCAGAGACUCCUGGAUGCCAGCACCUACAAGGAGGCCUAUCGGAGGGACAUGAUCCGCUGGGGCGAGGAGAAGCGCCAGGCUGACCCAGGCUUCUUCUGCAGGAAGAUUGUGGAGGGUGUCUGCCAGCCUGUCUGGCUGGUGAGUGAUACACGGAGGGUGUCUGACAUCCAGUGGUUUCAGGAGGCCUAUGGGGCUGUGACACAGACGGUCCGUGUGGUGGCCACAGAGGAGAGCCGGCAGCAGCGGGGCUGGGUGUUCACACCAGGGGUGGACGACGCUGAGUCAGAGUGUGGCCUGGACAACUUCGGGACCUUCGAUUGGGUCAUUGAGAACCACGGGGAUGAGCAGCGCCUGGAGGAGCAGUUGGAGCACCUGGUAGAAUUUGUCCACUCCAGACUUUAGCCGGCAGGUUCUCGGAGCAAGCCGGGGGCCUCUGGGGUGAGGGUGGGCUGACUGUGACGGACAUGCGGUUGCUGAUGCUGGCCAAGGUUGGGGAACAGACAGAGGGCCUGGGUCAAGCUUUCUGGGGGCUGAUAGAUGUCAGACAAGUUAAGAAACCACCAGGGACCUCAUUUCGUCAUGAAAAGGACAGCCCUACCUCUUUACGAGGAGGCUUAAAGGACAGAGGGAGGGAGUUGGCUGCGUUUGAAGCAGAAGCGUCACCAUCUCCACAGGUACCAGGCUUGUCAGCCGGGGGUGGCCGUGAUUCCCUGACUGGAUGUUCUCAGCCCCUUGUUCUGAGCAGGAGCCUGGGGCUCCCCAGUGUGGAUAUAUUAAACCUCUCUGGAGCACCUGCUCAGAA